AGUAACAAUUACUUCUUUCAGCGUUUUUGAAAUGGCGAUCUCAUCUCUAUAUUCUCGCAAGAAAAGCCCUGCUCUUUCUUCCUCCAACAAAAAAGCACUGGAAAUCAAGAAAAAGCUGCUCAAGAAAAGGGCUUUGCCUCCUAGUAAAACCAUCAAGGUGGAGAAUGGAGAGAAAAAGAAGGUUCAAAUAUGCCUUGAAAAGAAGGCACAGAAACAUACUGUUGAUGCAAACUCAUCAGCGAUGCUGCGAGCUGCAGAAGUCCAGGCAAAUUUGCCUCGUCAAUUUCCUAGUUUUGUCAAGUUUAUGCUCCCUUCACAUGUCAGCGGGGGAUUUUGGUUGGGUUUCCCAAAGAAAUUUUGUGAUUACCAUUUGCCAAAACAUGAUGACACUGUUGUUUUAGUGGAUGAAAAUGACGAAGAAUCUGCUACUAAGUACCUUGUUGAUAAAACUGGAUUGAGUGGGGGUUGGAGGGGUUUCUCCAUUGCUCACAGUCUUCUUGAAGGAGAUGUCUUAGUCUUCCAAUUGAUCCAAACCUGCAAAUUUAAGGUAUACAUAAUAAGAGAAAAUAGCUUGACAGAACUUGAUGGUGCCAUUAGUCUUCUAAAUCUGGAUUUUCAUGCUAGACCAAUCAAAUCUGAUCACAAUGAAGUGAUGAAAAUUUGUGAAGCAAAACAGGAGAAACACUUGGAGACUCCUGUCAUAAAUAUUCAUCCAGAUGACAAAAAAGAGGAAGCCGUGUUGUUAACAAACUUGGACCAUGGCCCUGUAGUAUAUCAACGUGGAAAUGUUAGUGACAGUGGCUCUGAAGUUUUAGAAGGCAUUAGGUUUUCAGAAUUGAGAGUUAAAUUCAAGGAUGUGAAGGACUAUUCUGGUUUCACCAUUCUUGUCGAUGGACUGAUCAUCGACUCAAAAGUUCCUGCACACAUUCGGACCAAAUACUAUGAUCUUUGCCUCACCCAAAGUUCAUUUCUCCAUGACCAUUUACUUAAUGGCCUAAAUGUCAAGCUAGCUGCUGGAAUAAUUACUGAAACUGUGAAUAUUGCUGAUGCCAUUAGAGCUUGUAAGAUUUCCACUUCUGCUGAUUAUCUUGAGACUUGGGACAAUACGUUGAAAGGGUUCGAGUGUUUAGGCAUGGAAGUUGGAUUUUUACGCGCAAGGCUAAAUAAACUUGUUAGUUUGUCAUGUGAAUCGGAGAACAAUCUUGUCUCAAAGAAAGUUGAACUAGCUGAAGCAGAAGAGGAAUUGAGGAAUCUCGAAGGUAAGGUUUUGAAAGUGAAACAAGUGAUACAGAAUCUUGAUUCUGAUAUUGAGGCUUUAAGAAAGAAAGAUGCAAAAUUUGAGCUCAAGUUCAAGGCAUUGGCAGCUGCUCCAUGGUAAGGAUUAAGUGCUCCUGAUUAAUAUUAGUGUAUAAUUAGUUUGUGAAGAAGCCUUUUGCGGUUACUAGCAGGAAUAUUUAACUCUUCUGCUAUUUUUUGUGAGGUUACAAAGAUGCAUCAUAUCCUUUUUGCAGUGUAAUUGGUUUAACUUUUUGUACAUGGCCAACAAACUUACCAUCUAACACUGAGUUAAAUAUAUAUUUGUUCAUUA